GCUCAGUGAGUGGUCCCUAAACCCUAACUACAGGUACUAGUUCUCUCUGGAUCGGAAAAGUCACCUCAGAUGCAGUUCCCUGGUUGUGGCCCUGGGAGAGAGAGCCAUCAGCAGCACAGCUGCAGGAAUAUAAGCCCGGGGACCCUGGAACCUCCCAGACUUUAUUCUUGAGACAGAAACUCAGAGAAGAGCAACGAGAAGAAUGACUGAUUCCCUGGUAAAUGUGUCUGAGUUUUAGAGAACAUCAGCAAAGUCCUAAAGAGCAGAAACAUGAAUAUGUACACCAUAGGAGUGUUAACAUUCAAGGAUGUGGCCGUGGAGUUCUCAGUGGAGGAAUGGGAAUACCUCAGCUGUUAUCAGAAGUCAUUGUAUAGAGAUGUCAUGAUGGAGAAUUACAAUAAUCUAUCUUUUGUGGAGAAUCACCGUAAAUGUAAGAAAGUCUUGGAUCAAGGCAUGAAUGAUAUUGUCCACGAGCAUGUGGAUAUCUAUGAAAAGUCAUAUAAAUGUAACGAGCUUGUCAAAAUGAUUCAUGAACCAUCUCAUGGUACACAUUUUAAAACUAAACAUAAAGUUGCAUCUGUUAAAACAUCAAACCUAAACAGACAAAAAAUUGGGAAGACUGGAGAUGAACCUUGCAAAUUUAAAGACUGUGUGAUCUGUUUGAAUGUGUGUUCCAGCAUUAGACAGAAUCAGAGAAUCCACAUAGGAGAGAAAGAACUGAACACUACAGAGUGUGAAAAGCUCUAUGACUCUAAACAUAAUCUCAUGCUGAAACAAACUAACAGUACUGGAAAGAAACUACAGAAUUUUAGGAAAUGUGGGAAUUGUUUCAAGAUAUAUUCAAGCCUCAGUAGACAUCAGACAGCUCAUAAUAGAGAGACAUCCUAUAAAUGUACAAAAUGUACUACAUCCUUUCUGCAUUUGUCAAAGCUCAGACUACAUUACAAAAUUCAUUGUGGACAAUAUCCUUACAAAUGUACAGAAUAUGGUAAGUGCUUUUAUCAUGCAUCAGGUUUAGAAAGACAUUACAGGAUCUACCCUGAAGCAAACACUUACAAAGGCAGUAAUUGUGACAAAUCCUUCAUCUACUACUCAGGUCUCAGAAAACAUCAGAAAAUUCUUGGAGGAGAGAGACCCUACAAAUGUAAUCAAGGACUUAUAUCAUCCUGUACAUUCUUUCAACCUGUAUACUAUUGUAGACCAUAUACAGGAGAGAAUCCUUACAAAUGUAGUGAAUGUGAGAAAUGCUUUACCCGGAAAUACCAUCUUACAGUUCAUCAGAGAAUUCAUACAGGAGAAAAACCUUACAAAUGUAGUGAAUGUGAGAAAUUCUUUACCCGGAAAUACCAUCUUACAGUUCAUCAAAGAAUACAUACUGUUAAGAAACCUUUCAAAUGUAGUGAAUGUGGCAUGUCUUUUACCAAGAAAUACAAUCUUAGAAGCCAUUCAAGAUUUCAUACAGGAGAAAAACCUUACAAAUGUAGUGAAUGUGACAAAGACUUUACCUACAAAGGUGCUCUUAGAAGACAUCAGAGAAUUCAUACAGGUGAGAAACCUUACAAAUGUAAUGAAUGUGCCAAAUGCUUUACUGAGAAAGGAAAACUUAUAAGUCAUCAAAUAAUCCAUAUAGAAGAGAAAUCUUACAAAUGUAGUGAAUGUGAGAAAAGUUUCACCCGGAAAUACCAUCUUACAGUUCAUCAGAGAAUUCAUACAGGAGAGAAACCAUACAAAUGUAGUGAAUGUGAGAAAUUCUUUACCCGGAAAUACCAUCUUACUGUUCAUCAGAGAAGUCAUACAGGAGAGAAACCUUACAAAUGUAGUGAAUGUGACAAAUUCUUUACCCGGAAAUACCAUCUUACAGUUCAUCAGAGAAUUCAUACAGCAGAGAAACCUUAUAAAUGUAGUGAAUGUGACAAAGGCUUUACCUACAAAGGUGCUCUUAGAAGACAUCAGAGAAUUCAUACAGGUGAGAAACCUUACAAAUGAAUGUGCCAAAUGCUUUACUGAGAAAGGCAAACUUAGAAGUCAUCAAAGAAUCCAUACAGGAGAGAAACCUUACAAAUGUAGUGAAUGUGACAAAUGCUUUUCCAGUAAAUACUUUCUUAGAAAUCAUCAGAAAAAUCAUACAGGAGAGAAACAUUACAGAUGAGGUGAAUGGAACAAAUGUUUUACCCAGAAAUCCUGUCUUAGAUGUCAUCAAAGAAUUCAUAUAGGAGAGAAACAUUUAUCAGAGAUACAAGCAGUUGUUAGAACAGUUAUUGCAAAGGAAUUGCAAAUAAAGGGACAGAAAAUGCUAUAUCUGAAUCCUAUUUAUAUUUUAAUUUGGGGCCUGCUCCCAAAGCAAACCUGUCUGCUUUUUAAACAAGAGAACUAGUGGUUUUAACUAAUAAAUUAACCAUUAAACUAACACAGUACUGGACUACCUUGAUUUAAGGAGGUAGUUGCCUAUUGUCCAUCUCUUAAGCUACAAGAAGCUUUCAGUGUGAUCAGAGAACUUGAAGUAUAAAUUGUAAUAAACUGUCUGUGGGGUCAUAUUUAUACUCCAUCAUCAUUCAUCCUUUCAUGUAUCCACUAUAGCAAGACAUCAUUUUAUCUGUGACUGAUUUCGCAAGACAUUCUUUCACCUGUGUGCCCCAGCAAAACAUCAUUUAAAAUAACUGACUUUCCAAACAAACAAAAACUUUUUACUUCAGGUUCUACUUAAAACGACCCUGGCAGUGGGUUAGGCAUUGAGGCAGUUAUACCCAGUGGUUAUGGUAUCACACUCCUGGCGGUGUCCUUUCCUGUGCCCUUUUCUUCUUGGAGAACUUUCGGAGGUAGGGUGAUUGCUAAGAUUUGGGAGUUCCUGUUAAUAAGUUUAAACAUGUUAAAUGCCAUAUGCAACAGAUCUCUGUUUGGUUUGAGGGCCAGUAUCUACUUAGUCUUUCUGACUUAAACAAUCUUUAUUUUCAUCAUCUAUUCUAAACUGUAAUUUGCAAAUGUAAAGCAGGAGACUAAAUAAAGCUUCAACUUAUAA